UCCCCGCGAAGCUCGUGUUGAGCUCAAGAGUCAAGGCAAAAGCAGCAAAACGCACCAGGACUAGGAGGAGACUUCCCGCAGGAAAAAAAGGAAAGAAAGAAAGAAAGAAAGAAAAUUAAUCACUAAAAUAAAACGUGGGAGAAAUCCAUUAAAAUGACAGCGGAGUGAGGAUAAUGAGAGUCGUUAUCGCUUCACAGGAAGGUCAUUCCCGAAAAACAUAUAAGCGGUGCGCAGACUAUACGGAUAUUUGGAGUACAGAGACUCGACUGCGAGUGAAGACCCCGAAACAGUGAAACAUUAUCCCGGCUUUUUAUUUCCAGAAAGGCAUGGGGGGAUUUAGAUCUCGACAAGGCAGCACUGGUUAGAAGAUCGGACGAGCAGAGGAAGGACAGUGAAUAAGGACCUCGCCACAGACAGGAACUGCGCAACUUUUGACUGUCUCAUCUGUAAGCUGGUGGGCUCCAGUAUCCCAGCUGAUGACUGUCCCUCAGGUGCCUGCACUACUGGGCUGAGUGGGAAGCCUGUGCAUUUGCUGAGGGCGGUGCCCUGGCUUGUAUGUUGGUCACUUGCACUUGUACUCGCUCACAAGGACCAUGUGGUUUUCUCCCGGGAGAAAUCGUUUCCCCUCGCAGAACUGGCACGGUGCCUAUAAUUGCACCAAUUUCAGCGUGUCCUUGUGGGUGUUAAGUUUUUGUUGGUGCUUUGCGGCUGUGAGUGGUCAGAACUACCACCCCACUGUGAACACACAGUAUGGGAAACUCAGAGGGGUGAGGGUCCCCCUGCCUAGCGAGAUUCUCGGGCCGGUCGACCAGUAUCUGGGGGUUCCUUACGCUGCCUCCCCCGUGGGAGAAAAACGCUUCAUGCCCCCGGAGCCUCCAUCUUCCUGGUCAGGAAUCAAGAACGCCACCCAUUUUGCUCCUGUCUGCCCUCAAAAUAUACACAAUGCCGUGCCAGAGAUAAUGAUGCCGAUAUGGUUCACUUUCAACCUGGAUAUAGUUACCACAUACAUACAAGAUCAACAUGAGGAUUGUCUUUACCUAAACAUCUAUGUUCCAACAGAGGAUGUCAAAAGAAUAUCCAAGGAAUGUGCCAGGAAACCCAACAAGAAAAUGUGUAGAAAAGGAGGGACCCAUGCAAAAAAACAGGGCGAGGAUUUAUCGGAUAACGACGGUGAUGAAGAUGAAGACAUACGAGACACUGGGGCCAAGCCCGUGAUGGUCUACAUCCAUGGAGGGUCCUACAUGGAGGGGACAGGCAACAUGAUCGAUGGGAGCGUGCUGGCCAGCUACGGAAAUGUCAUCGUUAUCACUCUCAACUACCGCGUUGGAGUCCUCGGCUUCCUCAGCACAGGUGACCAGGCAGCUAAAGGGAACUAUGGGCUCUUGGACCAAAUCCAGGCUUUGAGAUGGAUCAGUGAGAACAUCGGCUUCUUCGGAGGAGAUUCCAAUCGCAUCACAGUGUUUGGUUCUGGGAUCGGAGCUUCUUGUGUCAGCCUGCUCACGCUCUCCCAUCACUCUGAAGGUCUGUUCCACAGAGCCAUCAUUCAGAGCGGCUCAGCCCUCUCCAGCUGGGCAGUGAACUAUCAGCCGGUCAAGUAUACGCGUCUCCUGGCAGAGAAGGUGGGCUGUAAUGUGCUGGACACAUCAGACAUGGUGGACUGUCUGAGGAAGAAGAGCUCCAGGGAGCUGGUGGAGCAGGACAUACAGCCUGCAAGGUACCACGUGGCCUUUGGACCUGUAAUUGAUGGUGAUGUUAUUCCCGACGACCCUGAGAUCCUAAUGGAGCAAGGAGAGUUUCUCAACUAUGAUAUUAUGCUGGGGGUCAACCAGGGUGAAGGGCUCCGGUUUGUGGAGAACGUGGUGGAUUCAGAGGACGGCGUAUCUGGAAAUGACUUUGAUUUUUCUGUGUCCGAUUUUGUGGACAGUCUUUACGGGUACCCGGAAGGCAAGGACACACUUAGGGAAACCAUUAAGUUCAUGUAUACAGACUGGGCAGACAGGGACAAUCCUGAGACCAGACGAAAAACGCUGGUGGCUUUAUUUACUGACCACCAGUGGGUCGAGCCGUCGGUGGUUACGGCUGAUCUCCACGCUCGCUAUGGCUCGCCCACCUACUUCUACGCCUUUUACCAUCACUGCCAGAGCUUGAUGAAGCCCGCCUGGUCUGAUGCCGCCCAUGGCGAUGAGGUGCCCUAUGUUUUUGGAAUUCCUAUGAUUGGUCCCACUGACCUUUUUCCCUGCAACUUCUCCAAGAACGAUGUCAUGCUGAGUGCUGUGGUCAUGACCUACUGGACCAACUUUGCCAAGACUGGGGAUCCCAACAAACCAGUUCCCCAAGAUACCAAGUUCAUCCACACCAAGGCCAAUCGCUUCGAAGAGGUGGCCUGGUCCAAAUACAACCCCCAGGAUCAGCUUUACCUGCAUAUUGGCCUGAAGCCACGUGUGCGCGAUCACUACCGUGCCACCAAAGUGGCCUUCUGGAAACACCUAGUGCCCCAUUUGUACAACCUCCACGAUAUGUUCCACUACACCUCCACCACCACCAAAGUGCCGCCCCCAGAGACCACGCAGAACACACUGUCCACCAAAAAGCCCAAUGGGAAAAACUGGCCAUUCAACACCAAGAGGCCACCUAUGUCCCCGGCCUACAACAGUGAGGACAAAGACUCCUGGGGCGAUGAUGAGGAGACAGGGCCGCUGGUUGUAGAGAACCCUCGGGAUUAUUCUACAGAGCUCAGCGUCACUAUCGCUGUUGGGGCCUCGCUGCUGUUCCUCAACGUCCUGGCCUUCGCAGCCCUCUACUACCGCAAGGACAAGCGGCGGCAGGACUCCGGCCACGGGCAGCCCAGCCCGCAGCGGCAGACCACAUCCAACGACAUUGGCCACCACGCGCCGGAGGAGGAGAUCAUGUCAUUGCAGAUGAACCAGACGCACCAUGAGUGUGAGGCUGGGAACAGCAAUGAGGGGGCACUGCGCCUGGCCUCGCUGCCCGACUACACGCUCACACUCCGGCGCUCUCCGGACGACAUCCCCCUGAUGACCCCCAACACCAUCACCAUGAUCCCCAAUUCCUUGGUAGGCAUGCCCAACCUGCACCCCUACAACACCUUCACAACUGGCUUCAACUCCACCGGCCUGCCUCACUCUCACUCAACCACCCGCGUAUAGCUUUAAGGAGGCAUGGGGCAGCCGGCGAAAAACGGGGAGGGGAGGAAGAGGCGGCGGUGCAGGGGUGGAAGAGGAGGAGCGGUCCGGAUGAACGAAUGGAGGAGAGGAUUGUGUUUUAUAAAUAUCACAGGGAGGGGGAGGGCCAUGAGGGGGGGUGGGAGAGGAGGGGAAGGGCAUCAGUCAGAUUAAAACGUGAGGAGAUUUAACACGACUUUUACUACGAGGAGAGUUGCUGAGAGCUCUCCGUGGAUGUCAAGUUGUGCAGAGCUGCCAAAAUCAAACUGCUUCCCUUCUCCCAACCAGGAGAGAAGGGGGGUUGCGGGGUCUUUCUGCAGUGUUUUUUUUCUAAAAUAAUCAUUUUAAAAGCCUUUUUAAGCAGACUGAGGAGAUAUCAACAGUUUUUUUUUCUUGAAUUCAUAACAAAAAAAAAACAAAAAACAAAGAGUAGUGCUUUUUAUUUCCCAUCCCUUUUCCUCCUGCGGGAGACACGUCUAGAACAAUGGCCUCUACGUCGAUAUUCACGAAAUGUUUUUAAUUGCUUCUUUGUUUUGUUUUACGUUUCAAUGCCUUACAAAAAGCUUGUUGUUGUUGGGUUUUUUUGUCAUUAUUUCUAUUCCCCGAGACUAUUCCAUGUGGGGUGUGUUGCAAACAGUUGAGACUCAAAGAUGAGAGACUGAAUCCAGGAUGGGAAUCUAGAGGAUAUGCAGAUGUAGAGAUUUUUAAAAUCCAUUUUGGGCAACUCAUUCUUUUUUUUUUUUUCUGUUGCGUAUCAACACAACAGCCACCCAAAUGGUGUUUUUUCCUUUUCUUUUUUUUUCAAGCUCAUAUAGAAAUGAUUUGUCUGGGACAGCUCUUGCCGAGAGAUGAGAAGGCAGAGAUAAACACUAUGUUACUGUGAUUGUUUCGUUAAGAGAAAAGUGCAUCUUUUACAGCCAAUUUAUCUGUUCAAGCUAUCCGAUAUUAUCUCCACGAGGUGUGCACGUACACAUGCUGCUUAGAGCACCUGUGUGUUUGUGUGCAUGUGAACAUGAUUUCUCAUUCCUUUGCGUGCAAGCGCGGUCAGGAGCGUGAGAUAAAGGAAGAGACACAUUGUCGGAACUUGCAAGCUCAAGAGUUGCGAGAGAGCGAGAACGGGUGUGUGCGCGUGUGAGAACGAAAGUGUGCGAGCGAGUGAGUGUGUGUGUGUGUGGGUCCGUGCACCUUUUUUUUUGUUUGUAGGUUAUAUUGUGUGGUUAUGGGUGGGGGGACGGGGUGUUGGGGGCUGAGUACCUUCCCAUGUUGUUGAUUUCGGUUCAUCCACCAGUAGUGUUUCUGCUGCGUCUCUGGGUGUCUGUCUUUGCAAAAUAGCACUUUUGUUAUUUUUAAAGUUAUAUAUGUCUAAUUUUUUGCUUAAAGAUUACAAAAUAAAUCUAUUAUUUUAUGUGUAAGAGAAAAAAAUAGCUAAAGAUUCAACUGAACUAACUGACAUGAUUCCAUUGACUUUGUAAGAGUUCCUCUUCGAAAGCAGACAGUGGCCUGUUUGCACUGAAUAAACCUACAUCAGUGCACACUUGUAUUUCUUUGAAUAUAUAUAUAUAAAUAUGGGCAUACAUACAUGUAUGUAUAGGGCUUCUAUGAAGAUAUAUUUCCCACUUAAAAAAAACAACAACAAAUAUUUAAAACUCUCUUUAGACUGAAAAGCACCAACGCAAUUAGUUUCUUUGUACUGUUGUGAUUUGAAACAUACCAAGCCAAGACCUCUCCAGGUGUCUUUGUAGGAGCUCUAUAUGUAUAUUUAUGUAUAAAAUAUUUAAUAUUUAUUUAUGUAUUCCAGAUGCAUACAUGCUGAUUGUGCCAUGUGCCAAAUUAAAACUUUAAAAAAUGAA